GAAGAGAGAAGGCAAGACAGGCCCUUGUUUGUAGGAGGAAAUGAGAAUACCUUUUCAUGGCGAGAUGAAGAGAACAGAACAGGAUGACACUUUCCCUCUCUCUCAUUCUUUCCUCAGGGGCAUAUCAUAUGUAAAGAGAGAGGGAAUCGGGUGGGAGGAGUAAUUUUCCUUUGCCGGCGGUUUGUUGGUGUUUGACGAUUCAAAUCUCGGUCGGGAAGUCAUCUGAAAAUGGCGACUUCUCCGUCCGGGACACCAUCCGGUCCUAACGAACCGCCGCCAAAUAAUUCAUCUUCUUCUUCUUCUCCCCCUGAAUCGUCUCCGCCAUCUCCGCCGGCUUCAUCAUCAUCAUCAUCGCCGCCCGUGUCGUCUCAGCCGCCUCCAUCGCCGCCAUCUUCUCCUCCGCCGACUCCUUCCGCUCCGCCGCCCACGCCGUCUUCGUCCGCUGCUCCUCCUCGCUCCCAAUCCGCCCCGCCGCCAUCACCGCCUCUUCCCUCACCAGCUCCGCCGCAGUCCCCCGCCCCAACCAGGACGCCCGACGCCUUACCGAUUCCAUCAACACCUUCUCCGCCGUUACAAUCUGAACCGACGAAUACCUCCCCUGAUGCAACCGGAAAUAGCAAUCCUCCAACCGUAUUCCUGCCUCCGCCGGCUGUACCUGCAGGAGGACCGCCGGCGCCGGCUGCAAAACGAUCUCCGCCUUCAUCGGCGCCAUCACGACCUUCAUCGGAGUCUCCAAAUUCCGGCAACGCGCCUUCGUCUUCAGUGAAUAAUAACGCAAUUAUCAUCGCCGGUAUUUUCGUCGCGGCAAUAUUGUUGCUAUCCGUCGUAGUUAUUUGCCUAAUGUGUAACAGGAAGAAGAAGAAACAGCCUUACUAUAUCGACGUCAAACGUCCACCUCCAGCUAAGGGCGGAGAUCAACAAUACUUCAAUGGCUCCACGGAAUGGCUUAAUAACCCUCAAUUUCUUCAGAUUCCGCCGCAGCAGCCCGGUGGCUGGGCUGCAGUGCCGCCACACUCACCAGGCAAUAUUAGUACCGAAUACAGCGCGGGUUUCUCCCCCUCCCCCCUACCUGCAUCGCCGCCAGGCAUGGGUGGUUUCAACCAGUCCCAAUUCUCAUAUGAAGAGCUGGCUGCAGCCACCGCCGGAUUCUCUCAGGGGAAUCUGUUGGGGCAAGGCGGGUUCGGGUACGUGCACAAAGGCGUGUUGACCUCCGGGAAGGAUGUGGCGGUGAAGAGCUUGAAAACGGGGAGCGGCCAAGGGGAAAGAGAGUUCCAGGCAGAAGUGGAGAUCAUUAGCAGAGUUCACCAUCGCCAUCUUGUCUCCCUUGUUGGGUAUUGCAUUGGCCAGGGGCAGAGAAUGUUGGUCUAUGAAUUUGUUCCCAACAAAACCUUGGAAUUCCACCUUCAUGGAAAGGGUCAGCCAGUAAUGGAUUGGGCAACCAGGCUUAAAAUUGCAGUGGGAUCAGCCAAGGGAUUAGCUUACCUCCAUGAAGACUGCCAUCCUCGGAUCAUCCACCGCGAUAUCAAGACUGCAAAUAUCUUGCUCGACGAGAACUUUGAAGCCAUGGUUGCGGAUUUUGGAUUGGCUAAACUCUCUAAUGACAAUAACACCCACAUCUCAACUCGUGUUAUGGGAACAUUCGGGUACUUGGCUCCAGAAUAUGCAUCAAGCGGCAAGCUGACAGAGAAAUCUGAUGUUUUCUCGUUUGGUGUCAUGCUUCUGGAACUUGUUACUGGGCGUAGACCUGUGGAUAUCACUAACUAUGAGGAAGACUGCUUAGUAGACUGGGCUAGGCCACUUCUUGCCAAAGCUCUUGAAGAUGGCAACUAUGCUCCAUUGGCUGAUCCGCGUCUCGAAGGAAACUUCGACCAGGACGAGAUGUCUCGCAUGGCGGCUUGCGCUGCUGCCAGCAUUCGUCACUCUGCUAAAAGACGCCCGAAGAUGAGCCAGAUUAUGCACACAUUGGAAGGGAACUCUUCGUUGGAGAGCCUGAAUGGCAAUCCUAAGGCCGUUCAGAGUGCGGUGGUGGGCAGCGGCGCAAACGACAGUCGGUUGUACGACACUUCUGCAUACAAUGCAGAUAUGAUGAAGUUCAGGGAAAUGGUAAUGGCAAGCCAAGAAUACAGUAGCAGUGAAUAUGGAGGUAACGCCGGCGAGAAUGGACUCGACCCGGCGUCUUCCUCCUCCUCAAACAGCGACUCCACGGAGCAUUAUGGCUACCAAGUCAAUAACCUUAAUAGAGUAUAACUUCUACCCUACUAAUCUUCCACCAGAUAUAUACCGAUCAACAUUGUUGCUAAGCUUACUUGGUACUACCAUAUACAUUAUAUAUGAAUGUACCAAGUAUUAUUGGUAAGGAUUUCUAAUCAUAUACUUAUUGAUAACGCUAAAUACGGUAAUACGAGGCUUAAAACGGGUAAAUACGAUCUCUUAUUAUUGCAAAAGGAUCAAAGCCCUAGUACAAUGUAAAAAGGGCUCGAAAGACUCGGCGGGUCGGCAGUGGGCUUUCCUACUGUCCGAGCACACUUCAAGGCUUAGUGCACAGUCUAGCCAAAAAGAUCCCUCUCUCUCCUCAUUAAUGCGGUAUUUAUAAUAGGGGAAAGUUGCGAUCUCCGGGGCUCCGGCAUGACGAGCACGUGGCGCGCAUGCGCCUAUCUCACUCCUUGCCCAAGCGGGAAAAAGCACGUGGCGGCCCCGACAUAUCCACUGUCAAGCAACCGAGGUCACGACCGAUCUGAGGCGGUCAGACCGAACACCAGUCGGGCCGAGUGGCCGAUCUACCGACCGUGAGAAUACUAUCUGAGUAAUCCGACCAGCGUAAGCGGGUAUUAACACUAUCACUUAUUGCAAUUAUGUAUUUGUACCGAGCAGAAAACGCACCUGUAUUGAUUGGUAUUGUAGAGUUUUCAGUAUGUAUAAAUAUGCCAAAAAAUGUGGACUUUGCUUGUAUAUUUGGAGUUUGCUGGAGUUUCUUCCAACACGGAACAAUUAUUAUAUAAAUGAGGGGAUUAUACAAAGUGGGUCAAAGUACAUAUGAGGUCUAUAUAGCGUUUUGUUCAA